UUUCGGAUCUGUAGGCAAACUGUUUUGCAACAAAUCUUCGGGAGAUACACGACUCUAGCGCGCACGAUUUUUAGCCGUGGAAAUCUUAACUAGUUCUAGCUUUUCAUUUAAUCUGUCGGAUAUCCGGCCAAUAGUCCCCCCCCCCUGACCCACUACAGCCAUGAGUCUGAUGGUCCUAGCCUCCGCUGUCUUCCUCCUGGUGGGUGUAACCCUGGACCUCGUGGCCACCGCCAGCGAGGAGUGGACACUCUACACCCUCAACCAGGUGGACUACAACCUCGGGAUCUGGAGGACAUGUCAAGGGUCAAACUGCCGCACAAUACCCAAUGAAGACGACAUCGACACAGUCCGCGCCAUGAUGCUGUGUGGACUUCUGCUGGCCGCCAUUGCCCUCGUCUGCACCGUCAUCCAGUUCGGCUACUCUAUCUUUCGGAAAGUCUACUGCCGAUGGAUCACAGUCAUAGUCGCCAUCUUGACUUUCGUAGCAAUGACGUUCACAGUGGCGGGGGUAGUUGUGUACCACAGAGAGAUUCGCCGGGAGAUGGACAAGACGAUACCAGUGGCCGAAUACGGCUACUCAUUCUGGCUCGGCGCGGCCUCCGCCGUGAUUUACUUCCUGGGCUUUGCUUACCUCAUUCUCGCCAUGUGUUUCGAUUUCACUAGCUCAGACGAAGACGACGAAUCGGAGACGGAAAAAGAAGACACGACCCAGAUCCUGAAACAGAGACCCAGAGGAUACCCCGCGCCCCUCCAGCUCCGAGCUUACGACGACUACCCGGCGUCUAAAUCCGCCGUGGUGGUCCCCCACCGCUCCCCGAGACAUCAGAGACGGUCGCAAAGAUACGCCAAAGACAACCGCGCCUACGCCCACGACCGCGGUCACAACGUAGGCUACGUGGCACGCCCUGUGUUCAUGUCUCCGCAGAGUCUGGGUGGCUACAAUCUUUACCCGGCCCUCGGGGGGCGGAGUCACGCCAUGGACGACGUACGAUUGGCCAGCUCGGCGUACGAGCUCAGCUCCCGGCCACACCCCCCACAGUCGCAGGUAGACUACGGCCCCGGUCGCCAUGGCAACAAGCACUGGGUACCAGCACACCACGUCAGAGAAAGUUACGGGAAGCCUGUCUUCUACUGGGAGAGUUAAGUAAGGAUUCUACUGGCAGAGUUAAGUAAGGAUUCUACUGGGAGAGUUAAGUAAGGAUUCUACUGGGAGACUUAAGUAAGGAUUCCACUGGGAGAGUUAAGUAAGGAUUCUACUGGGAGAGUUUAGUAAGGAUUCUACUGGGAGAGUUAAGACUGGGAGAGUUAAGUAAGGAUUCUACGGGGAGACUUAAGUAAGGAUUCUACUGGGAGAGUUAAGUAAGGAUUCUACGGGGAGACUUAAGUAAGGAUUCUACUGGGAGAGUUAAGUAAGGAUUCUACUGGGAGACUUAAGUAUAGAUUCUGCACAUUACAACUACUCAAACCUGUCCACCAAUAUAUGUUCAUUCUGUUCUAAA